AUGGCAGUAAAACUUGAUAUGAGUAAGGCUUACGAUAAGGUGGAAUGGCCUUUUUUAGAGGGAAUUAUGGGGAGGAUGGGGUUUAAUGAUGGUUGGAUAAAUUUGAUUAUGUUGUGUGUAAAAACUGUUACUUAUUCAGUGUUGGUAAAUGGAGAACCUUCUGGUAUGAUUCACCCAACAAGGGGUAUAAGGCAAGAUUAUAGUCUCCUUUUUUGCAAGGCAACUUUGGAGGAGUGUGGCAAAGUGUUGGAUAUUUUGAAGAACUAUGAAGAUGCUUCAGGCCAAAAAAUAAACAGGAGCAAGACGGCUCUUUUCUUUAGCAAAGCAACUGAGGGGGAUAUAAAGGACCACAUCAAAGAAGCUUGGGGUGUACCUGAAAUUAUGCAAUAUGAGAAAUACUUGGGUCUACCAUCCUUUGUGGGGAAAGGGAAAAAGGCAAGUUUCAAAUACAUUAAGGAGAGGGUGUGGCGAAAGCUUCAAGGAUGGAAAGGGAAGUUACUCUCACAAGCAUGA